AUGUCUCUAGAUGACCCUUCUUUUACAGUAGAGUCGGCUGGGCGCGAAGGAGAUGAUUUGGCCGGCAAUGUCUCUUGGGACCGGCCAGAGGAUCAGCCAAAGGACGUUGACGUGUCCUGCCUACUAGAAACGCGGUGGUGGUUAGCAAGUACCGCGUUUCCGUUGCUAGCUGGCACUUUUGGACCAACGGCGAGCGCUUUUAGCAUUUGUUCUCUUGCAGACCGAUGGCGAACCAGAAUCCUUCCUGGAGGGGCAUUGGGCAAUGCUGCCCCUGUUCGGGACCCUAAAUGGUUGGCUAUCGUUGUCAACGCAAUAUCCCUCGGCUUUGCCUUGGUAUCAAACUUUUCCCUCUUGUUGAAUAUGGCUAGGCGACUGUCUUUCCCAAUUGCUCAACCUAUUACUAUCGGAGGAUGGUACAUAUCUUCAAUUCUGCUCAUCUGCCUGGCAGCUCUACUCCGCCACUAUACCGAUUUGACAACUUACCGCAUGACUCAAGCGUAUUACUAUGCGAUUAUGGCCGCCGCAAUUUACUUUCUAGUCUCUUCACUCAUGGUUGUGACGGUAAUUGGUGCUAGAAGAAACCAUUACCCUAGAGAAUUUCGUCUUACCAGGUACCAACGAUCCAUGAUGCUGCAAACGAUCACGUGGAUAGUUUAUUUGCUUGGAGGUGCGGCGAUUUACUCCCAUAUCGAAGGUUGGGAUUACCUGGACUCUGUGUACUGGGCAGAUGUCACCCUACUUACAGAUGGAUUUGGAGACCUGUCCCCGAAAACCCAUCUUGGUCGCGCACUGUUAUUUCCUUAUGCUGUAGGGGGGAUAUUGACCCUGGCAUUGGUUGUUACAUCAAUAAGGGAACUAAUGUUAGAACGAGGGAAAAUGGCGAUAAUUUCUAGGCGGACGGAGGUGAUGAGAAGCCGCGUCGCAUCUCAAGUUAGACAGGGCAAAGGGAAGGUGGGCGGAAUAAGGCUUCCUCCAAUUUUGGACCGAACUCUUCUUUCCGAAAGCCAGAGACAGGAAGCGGAGUUUUAUCUGAUGCGCAAAAUACACAAAGUCGCCAGCUGGAAAGCGAAAUGGAUUUUGUUUGCCAUCUCCCUAUUUGCGUGGAUGGCGCUCUGGCUUCUUGGUGCUCUGGGCUUUUGUGUUGCAGAACAGGAUCAAGGCUGGACAUAUUUUCAGUCCAUAUACUUCGCCUAUACAUCCCUCCUCACGAUUGGAUAUGGUGAUUUCACACCAGGUGCGACAUGGGGAAAACCGUUUUUGGUUCUCUGGUCCCUGCUUGCCAUCCCCACUAUGACGAUCUUAUUCUCCAGCAUGGGGAACACUAUCGCAAAAUUUGUCGAGGACGCUACCAAUUUUGCUGGUGAAUUAACGGUUCUUCCUGGAGAUACGAGUUCCAAAGACUUAAUCGUUUAUCCCAUUCGCCAGUUUAGGGAUCUAACUUACAACACCCCACGGAACUUCUUCUAUGGUAGAAUAUCACUGAGCCGCUAUAACGAGAACAAGUCAACAAACAAAACCUGCCCACCAGUCUUCAGAGCACUUGACGAAAAUAAGAAAUUAAGCCCAGAGAACGAAUCUAGAGAACGAGAUAUAGAGGAAGCGGCUAAAAAUCCACACCGACGUCAAUACAUUCUUAUCCGUGAAAUUCGUAAGAUUUCCCGAGAUUUAAAUGCCGUUUCCCCGAAAAGGUACACUUAUGAUGAGUGGUAUUACUAUUUAUCUCUGGUUGGGAAAAUGAAGUCGUGUUCGAGUUAUAUUAAUAUCCCCGAUUCUCAAAUCGAAGAAAUACAACAGUUAGAUCGUCCCCCAGUUGGUCUCAGAACGUCAGUGAGUAUCGAGAAACCGAAAAGCGAAGAAAACAAAUGGAGCUGGAUUGGGAUGCAGAGCCCACUGGUGGGUGAAAAGGAUGAAGCACAAUGGAUUUUUGAAGCACUGUCGGCAGCACUAGAGCACGAUCUCAAGCGUCAGAGCGAGAGAAGGGAAUAG